AUGUCUGAAUAUAUGGACGACGUAGACCGUGAAUUCAUCAACUGUUUGUUCCCAAGCUACUUGCUACAGCAGCCUGUGGCUUAUGAUUUAUGGAUUUUAUAUUUGCAACAUAGAAAACUUUUUCACAAACUGAAGAACACAAAUUUAAUUAACACUGAUGAAAAUUCCACUGGUGUUGGAGUGGGCAGGACAAAGUUAACAGCUUCAACAAGGAAGGAAAUCUGGUCAAAGCUGAUGAAUUUGGGUGUUCUGGGUACGAUCUCGUUUGAGGCUGUCAACGAUGAUUAUUUGAUUCAGGUCUAUAAGUAUUUCUACCCAGACGUUAAUGACUUUACUCUGAGAUUCGGCGUUAAAGAUUCAAAUAAAAAUUCAGUGCGAUUUAUGAAAGCUUCCUCAGAUAUGGGAAAAAAUGCUCAGGAACUAUUGGAACCCGUUUUAUCUGAACGUGAAAUGGCGCUUAACUCUAACAUUAGCCUGGAUAAUGAUGGAAAUGACGGUGAAGAAGAAGAAGAAGAAGAAGAAGAUGAUGAUGAUGACGAUGACGAUGACGAUGACGACGAUGAAGAUGAAUCUGAUCUGGAAAGCCUAGAAGGGGAGGUAAAUACUGAUACAGACGAUAACAACGAAGGAGAUGGCUCUGAUCAUGACGAGGAAGGUGAAGAUGAAGAAGGAAGAGGAGCAGAUGCUGAUGUGUCCAAUGCACAACAGCGCACUGAAGGAAUUGCGGACCCAUGGAUAUAUCAAAGAUCUAGAUCAGCUAUUAAUAUAGAGGCGGGGCCAAUGAAUUUGUGGGAUACAACCGAUAAGAAUAGUAGUCUACAAUACUACCCCCCUGAUCAGUCUCCAACUUCUUCCUUUUCUUCUUCUAGAGUAUCUUCAGGUAACGAUAAAAAUGUCAACGAGGCAACAAAUGGCCUGUCCAGUGGUGGUGGCAAAAAGAAAAAUUCAAUGAUCCCUGAUAUUUACAAGAUAUUGGGGUACUUUUUACCUUCUAGGUGGCAAGCUCAACCAAAUAACAGUUUACAAAUAUCCCAAGAUGGUAUUACUCAUUUACAACCCAACCCUGAUUAUCAUUCAUAUAUGACUUAUGAAAGAUCAAGCGCUUCGUCUGCCUCCGCUAGAAAUAGGCUUAGAACUUCUUUUGAAAACUCUGGAAAAGUAGACUUUGCGGUCACUUGGGCAAAUAAGUCACUGCCAGAUAACAAACUAACAAUAUUCUAUUACGAAAUUAAAGUUCUAAGUGUAACGAGCACAGAAAGUGCUGAAAAUAGUAACAUUGUUAUCGGAUACAAGUUAGUAGAAAACGAAUUAAUGGAAGCCAGCACAAAAAAAAGUGUCUCUCGUUCAAGUGUGACUGGUUCUAGUAGUAGCUUAGGUGGUGGAAAUAACAUUAGUUCCAAUAGAGUACCUUCUACCUCUUUCACUAUGGAAGGUGCUCAAAGGCGCGAUUAUAUUUAUGAAGGGGGCGUUUCAGCUAUGUCCCUUAACGUAGAUGGUUCCAUAAACAAAUGUCAGAAAUACGGGUUUGAUCUUAAUGUGUUCGGCUAUUGCGGGUUUGAUGGUUUGAUAACUAAUUCUACAGAGCAAUCUAAGGAAUAUGCGAAGCCUUUUGGCAGAGAUGACGUUAUCGGUUGUGGCAUAAAUUUCAUUGAUGGCUCAAUUUUUUUCACAAAGAACGGUAUCCAUUUAGGGAACGCAUUUACCGACUUGAAUGAUCUAGAAUUUGUUCCCUAUGUGGCCUUGCGACCCGGAAAUUCUGUUAGAACAAAUUUUGGGUUGAAUGAGGAUUUCGUCUUUGAUAUUAUUGGAUACCAGGACCAGUGGAAGAGUUUAGCGUACGAACAUAUUUGUCGUGGACGCCAAAUGGACGUUUCCAUUGACGAGUUCGACUCCGAUGAAAGUGAAGAAAAUGAAGGUACUGAAAAUGGGGGUGAAGAAACUAAAUCGGCAGAGUUGAUGGAUAUUGAUCAAGAAGAUGAUGCCGCUGGAAAUCAGGAUACAAAGAAACUCGAUGAUGAGAAUGACAACAAUCUGAAAUUUCUAUUAGGAGAAGAUGAUAGGUUUAUAGAUGGAAAGCUAGUUAGACCAGAUGUCAACAAUAUCAACACCUUAAACGUGGAUGACGGUUCAUUACCUAACACACUGAAUGUGAUGAUAAAUGAUUACUUGAUCCACGAAGGAUUGGUGGAUGUUGCAAAGGGGUUUUUAAGAGACUUGCAAAAAGAUGCGGUCAAUGUCAAUGGACAACACUCUGAAAGCAAAGAUGUUAUUAGGCAUAAUGAAAGACAAAUCAUGAAAGAAGAACGUAUGGUAAAGAUAAGGCAAGAAUUAAGAUAUUUAAUAAACAAGGGCCAAAUUAGCAAAUGUAUCAGUUAUAUCAAUAACGAAAUUCCCGAUUUGUUGAAAAAUAAUCUAGAAUUAGUGUUUGAGUUAAAGCUAGCAAACUACCUGGUGAUGAUUAAAAAAAGUUCAUCCAAGGAUGAUGACGAAAUCGAAAGUUUAAUUCUGAAGGGUCAGGAAUUAUCUAAUGAAUUUAUCUACGAUACUGAAAUUCCACAAUCUUUGAGGGAUAGGUUUAGCGGACAAUUGAGUAAUGUCUCAGCCCUGUUGGCAUAUUCCAAUCCACUUGUGGAGGCUCCAAAGGAGAUAUCAGGAUAUUUAAGCGAUGAAUAUCUACAGGAGAGAUUAUUUCAAGUUAGCAACAAUACAAUACUAACGUUUUUACAUAAGGAUAGCGAAUGUGCAUUAGAGAAUGUAAUAUCGAACACAAGAGCUAUGCUUUCUACAUUACUUGAGUAUAACGCGUUCGGUUCAACCAAUUCGUCGGACCCGAGGUAUUACAAAGCGGUUAACUUCGACGAAGAUGUGUUGAACUUGUGA